AGAUUCAAUAACUUCAAUAAAUAUUAAGGAUCCCAUCGCUGUAGUCUCUCCUUGUGAGAAGAAAUUUCUUAUUCAGUUAUUCAGAUUUCAACAUUUAAAGUAAAGAUGGUGAAUUGGCAAUUGACAUAUUUUUUGUUAAUAAUUUGUUGUUUGAUAUUUAUUGAAGCAAUUGAACAUUCGGAUGACGAUGAAAUACGACUUGAAUACUGUAAGAAAAGAAAACAUGUUGAUGAUGCUAAUUUGAAAUAUUUAAUAUUAUGUCAUGAAAAUGGAUACGUAUUGAACAAAGAUACAACAAGACAAGCUGCUGCUAAUGGGUUCUUAGAAUGUUUAAAAUAUGCACAUGAAAAUGACUGUCCAUGGGAUGAAACCACAACAGAAGCAGCUGCUAUUAAUGGUUAUUUAGAUUGCUUAAAAUAUGCUCAUGAAAAUGAAUGUCCAUGGGAUCAAAGUACAACAGAGGCAGCUGCAUCUAAUGGUCAUUUAGAAUGCUUAAAAUAUGCACAUGAAAAUGAAUGCCCGUGGGAUGAAAACAUUCCAGAGACAUCGGCUUUUAGUGGUAAUUUAGAAAUUUUAAAAUAUGUACAUGAAAAUGGCUGUCCUUGGAAUGAAAAAACAACUGUAGCAGCUGCUUUUAAUGGUCAUUUAAAUUGCUUAAAAUAUGCUCAUAAAAAUAAGUGUAAAUGGGAUGAAACAACAACAAUAGCAGCUGCACAAAAUGGUAAAAUAGAAAUUUUAAAAUAUGCAUAUGAAAAUGGAUGUCCGUGGGAUGAAAGAACAACAGAAGCAGCUGCUUCUGGUGGUCAUUUAAACUGCUUAAUAUAUGCUCAUAAAAAUAAGUGUAAAUGGGAUGAAACAACAACAAUAGUAGCUGCACAAAACGGUAAAAUAGAAAUUUUAAAAUAUGCAUAUGAAAAUGGAUGUCCAUGGGAUGAAAGAACAACAGAAGCGGCUGCUUAUGGUGGUAAUUUAAAUUGCUUAAAAUAUUCUUUUGAAAAUGGCUGUCCUUGGGAUGAAAGUACAACAACAAAAGCUGCAUAUAAAGGGAAUUUAAAAAUUUUAAAAUAUGCACAUGAUAACGGAUGUCCGUGGAAUGAAAGAACAACAAAAGCAGCUGCUUCUAGUGGUAAUUUAAACUGCUUAAAAUAUACUCAUGAAAAUGGCUGUCCUUGGGAUGAAAGAACUACAAAAAAAGCUGCAUAUAAAGGGAAUUUAGAAAUUUUAAAAUAUGCACAUGAAAAAGGAUGUCCGUGGGAUGAAAGUACAACUGAAGCAGCUGCUUCUAGUGGAAAUUUAAAUUGCUUAAAAUAUGCUCAUGAAAAUGGUUGUAAUUGGGAUGAAAGUACUACAACAAAAGCUGCAUAUAAAGGGUAUUUAGAAAUUUUAAAAUAUGCACAUGAAAAAGGAUGUCCGUGGGAUGAAAGUACAACUGAAGCAGCUGCUUCUAGUGGAAAUUUAAAUUGCUUAAAAUAUGCUCAUGAAAAUGGUUGUAAAUGGGAUGAAAGAACAACAACAAAAGCUGCAUAUAAAGGGUAUUUAGAAAUUUUAAAAUAUGCACAUGAAAAAGGAUGUCCGUGGGAUGAAAGAACAACAAAAGCAGCAGCUUCUAGUGGUAAUUUAAAUUGCUUAAAGUAUGCCUAUGAAAAUGAUUGUGUUUGGAGUAAAGACAUUAUGCGUAUUUCUAUUGAAUAUGGUGAAAUAAAUUGCUUAAAAUAUGGUCAUGAAAAUGGGUGUGAGUGGGAACAAGGCAUAACUGUGGUUGCUGCAGGAAAUGGUAUUGGCUUUUUAAAAUAUGUUCAUGAUAAUGGAUGUCCUUGGGAUGGAGAUACAAUAGCUGCAGCAGCUAUGCAUGGUAAUAUAGAUUGCCUAAAAUAUGCACAUAAACAUGGAUGUAGUUGGGUUGAAGGUACGACGAGAGGGGCCGCAGCAAAUGGACAUUUAGACUGCCUAGAGUAUGUUUAUGAAAAUGGUUGUAAGUGGGACGAAGGAACAACAAGGGAAGCUGCUGCUAGUGGACAUAUUAAUUGUUUGAUAUAUGCACAUGAAAAUGGUUGUAAAUGGGAUAUAGGAACAAAGAGUGGAGCUGCUGCAAAUGGUCACUUAAACUGCCUAAAAUAUGUUCACAAAAAUAAGUGUCAAUGGGACGAGGGCACUACAAGAAUUGCUGCUGCAAAUGGUCAAUUUCGUUGUUUAAAAUAUGCCCAUGAAAAUCAUUGUCCAUGGAGUAGAGGCACCAUUUAUAAAGCUAUUCAAAAUGGUCAUUCUGAUAUAAUCUUAUAUGCUUCUGAAAAUGGCUGUCUUGAUUAGUUUUCUGUUGUAAUAUCUUUUUUUUUAUAUCUACUCAUCUAAGUUGACUAUUUUUAUUAUAAUUUAAAUAAAUUGUCACAAGCUUCUAUACCUAAAUAAGAUUAUAUUGUUCUUAUAUAGUAUAGUAUAUUAAAAUAUUUUACCUCCUUAGAAUACACUUUAUUUGAAAAUA